CAAGUUACACCGCUUGAAAGCCCAAGCCCAGUGAGCAAGCAAGUGGCUCAAGCUGACACAUGCGACCCUGAACAAAACAUAAACCUCGUCGACAUCUAAAAGAUCUUCUUUUUCACCUACUCACACACCGACGCAGGGUUAGGGUUUCUGUUACAAGAUGCAGCAGCCACCGCAGAUGAUUCCUGUCAUGCCUUCUUUUCCACCCGCAAACAUUACCACCGAGCAGAUUCAAAAGUACCUUGAUGAGAACAAAAAGUUGAUUUUGGCAAUUUUGGACAAUCAAAAUCUUGGAAAACUGGCCGAGUGUGCACAGUACCAAGCUCAGCUUCAAAAGAAUUUGAUGUAUUUAGCUGCAAUUGCUGAUGCACAACCUCAAGCACCAGCAAUGCCUCCCCAGAUGGCCCCACAUCCUGCGAUGCAAGCAGGGGGAUUUUACAUGCAACAUCCUCAGGCAGCAGCAAUGGCUCAACAACCGGGCAUUUUUCCUCCAAAGAUGCCAUUACAAUUCAAUAACCCUCACCAAAUUCAGGAUCCACAGCAACAGCUACAUCAACAACAUCAGCAACAUCAAGCUAUGCAAGGACAAAUGGGAAUGAGACCUGGUGCCACCAACAAUGGCAUGCAUCCCAUGCAUGCUGAGAGCGCUCUUGGAGGUGGCAGCAGUGGAGGGGCUCCUUCAGCAGCAGGGCCAAAUGAUGUCCGUAGUGGAAGCAAGCAAGAUGCUUCUGAUGCUGGGACAACAGGUGCUGAUGGUCAGGGCAGCUCAGCUGGUGGACAUGGUGCUGGUGACGGAGAGGAGGCAAAGUGAUAUGGUCCCAUGAGUACUGUGGUUGUUGAUAGUAGGUGCCUGUUACAGUAGAACUGGUAUCGCUCCAGAGAUGUUUGGUAGAUGGAGAUUAGAAUUGAAAUUUUCUUGUACUCUUGAAUUUUUAACAGAUUAGGUAGGUAAGUUGUGUUGUAAGAGAGUCUUGGCAUGGCAGUGAAUGAAUUACAAAGGUGAGACAAUGGCGGUUUUAGUUGUGAAAAGAGAAGGCUGAAGCAUUUGGCCUCUACCUCCAUGUUUGUCAUUUUGUAAUAACUUGAAAUGCAUGCAUCGUGUUUUAGAAAUGAGUUAGGCAGUUGUAAUUUAUUUUAA